AUGACAACAGGGGUAGGCCUGCUCACCGACAACGACGAGACAGUCUAUAGGGAGGAGGUGGUGCCAAUGGAGGAGAUGUCUAAGGAUGCCACCAAAAUAAGUGUGGUGAAAGUGGCUGGGAGCAACAUCUCCCACAAGCUCCGCCUCUCCAGCGUCAAGCAGUCAGACGAGGGCACAUACGAGUGCCGUGUCAUCGACUUCAGCAGCAGCGUUGCGCAGCACCACCGCGUCCGGGCCUACCUCCAGGUGGAAGCCGAGAGAUGGCUGGGUCACGGGUCAGCAGACACCCAGCCCCAGGAGCCCCGACACAAGAGACAGGGGAGCCAGGUGCACCCCCACCAAACAGAGGACCGGGAACUGAAGAGGCGAUCGGCCGAUGACAGCACCACGGACUGCACUGAGAGCUGUGUGCUCUAAAG